GAUGUGAAGCUUCCGUUCACAUUCGAAGUGUUUUUGCAAAAUACGAUUAUUUGCAUUGGUUAUCUGAUAAUGAUAGCAUGGGUUUUUCCGGCAUUUAUACUUGCUUCUCUGAAACGAUCGGAGAAUGUUUCUCGUUCACCGUUAUUCGACCACAUCUCAGCAAGUGUGGAAGGCAUUCAGACAAUUCACGCACUUCGUCAAACUGAUGGUUUCAUUGAGGUUCUCAAGGACAGACUUGACGCAAACAGUGGCGCUGUCUUCAUGUAUCAAUCGGCGAUGCGUUGGUUAGCUGUGUGGCUGGAUUUGCUGGUCGUUGCAAUCACAUUCCUUGUUUCGUUGCUGAUCGUUUUACUCACCGGAAGUGUGGCACCCGCAGAUGCUGGAAUGGCGCUUGCUUUUGCUAUCCAGAUGAGUGGUAUAUUCCAAUUCGCUGUACGUACACAGACCGAACUGGAAGUGAAAAUGACAUCCGUGGAACGUAUAACCUACUAUAGUGAUCAUAUUGAGCCAGAACGGUCUUAUUUCAGGAUACGCUAUCGGCCUGAUCUACCACUGGCGUUGGAUGAUAUCAGUUUCAGGAUUGAACCAAAACAAAAAGUGGGCGUUGUUGGGCGUACCGGAUCAGGAAAAACGUCGCUGUGUAAUGUGCUUUAUCGUUUAUAUCCGCUAACCUGGGGCAGCAUUGAGAUUGAUGGCGUUGAUACAUCUUACGUUGAGCUGCAUCGACUGCGCCGAGCGAUGGCUGUUAUACCGCAAGAUCCGACCCUCUUUGCCGGGACCAUUCGCUUCAAUGUUGACCCGAAUAAUGAAUUUAGCGACGAUCAAAUUUGGAUGGCACUUGAAAAGACAUAUCUUAAAGACAUGGUGUCUUCACUGGACCAAAAGUUGGAAUCUCCGAUAAGUGAAGGUGGCCGCAAUAUAUCGGUUGGGGAGCGUCAGCUAUUCUGCAUGGCACGCGCUCUGUUGAGACGAGUACGUAUUGUGAUACUUGACGAAGCAACUGGUAGCUUGGACAGUGCAACAGAUAGGCUAAUCCAGAAGUGCAUACAGGAAGCAUUUGCUGAUUGUACACUGAUAAUGAUUGCCCAUCGUCUGGAGAAUGUGCUGGGCAUGGAUAAAAUACUUCACAUGAGUCAAGGAAAGGUUGAAAAAUUUUCAUUUUACCUAAAUACAAAAAAAAAAAAAAAUAGAAUAGGAAGAUUCAACUUAAAUAUUCCAUUUGCAAUAUGCUAA